CUCGUCUGGGCUCCAGGUUUUCAGAGAAGUGCAUCACUGUUCAGCUCUCUGUAGAAACACAGUAGGAACUGCAGUCUAACGAAUUGAAGGCUAGAGACCGUUAGUUCGUAUUUUAUCAGGACCUUUCAAGGGAGCCGGACCCAGGGACGUUCACUGUUUUAUAUUUCACUGCAAGGAUGUCUCGGGUUGCCGGGUUCGUGUGGUCUCUGCUGGUCACAGUCCUGUCCGCUUGUCAGGUGUGUGCCGAUGAGGACUGCCUGUGGUACCUGGAUAAGAACGGCACGUGGCACAAUGGCUUCGACUGCCUUCUGGUCUCCUUCUGCUGUGGAAACUGCCACCAGCGCUACUGCUGCCUGGACCCCUUCCAGAUGAUCACCGAGAAGCAGCAGAAGCGCUGCGUGCUGUUCCAGUUCAGCCCCGCCACCGUCGCUGGCAUUGCCUCGUCCAUCCUGCUGUUCAUGGUGAUCAUCUCCACACUGGUCUGCUGCUUCAUGUGUUCCUGCUGCUACCUGUACCAGCGAUGGCAGCAAAGGAGAACGCCUCACCAAGGUCAGCAUAUCCAGAUGACCAGUUACCCGAGAGACUUCACAUUCCCAGCCCAGGGCAAAUCCGCGGGAGGUCCUGAUGGCCCAUACCCGGGAGCACAGCACUACCACCCCGCUGCCAUGCCCCCUCACUACCCCUCGGCCGCGCCCCCGGCACCCUACCCGCCUGCAGACCAGGGGUACGGAUAUGGAGUGGCAGCCCCCCCUCCCUACCCUCCCCCACAGUACAGCGGACUCUGAAGCAGCGCCCACGCAGGAGAAGGAGAGGGGAGGGUCUCUAGUGCGUUCAGCAUCCCUGUACAUGCUUCUGUAACGCUGGCUAACUUCGUGCAUGCACUCUGUACUCUGCAGCAUUUCAUUGUGUUUGUCCUGAGCAUGGGUGGUGCUAGGAGUCAGAAGGGACGGCACAUCCCAGUGUGUUUUUAAACAAAGGGGAGUGUGGAGUGUGGUGUAAAAGACCUCUCUUUUGAAUGAAAAUGGUCUUCAAAAGCAUUCUCUAGCUGUGCCUGUGAGGUGUUUGUUUUUUUUUCUUCUUUAUUCAUUGUGUUUAAUGAUAUUCGAACCCUGAUUCCCUGGUUGCUGUUUACUAUACUUGACUGCUUGUGGAAUCCAUUUGACAUAGGCAUGUGCAGGGCGUGAUGUCAGACCGCGUUGAGCAUUUAAAGCCUGUCUCGUUGAUGUGUUGGCAUGCACCUCAUUUGGGAAUGUUUUAUUGAGCUGUUUCAACAAGCCUAGUCACUGCCUGUGCUGAAUGCAUUGCUGUGGCUGUUUUAAUUAUUAGUCAGUGUCUUUUAUAUUAAACAGCGGCAUCUAGUGGCACAGCUGUGUAUUGCAAGCACUGCAGUCUGAAGUAUCUCUGCAAACUCUAUAGCUGAUCUGACCCAUGCUUUGUCUAGAUCUGCAUAUGGAACUGAAGAGCCACUCCUGAGCUCAUAGUCAAAGCACAGAUUUAAAAAAAAAAAAAAGAAAAAUGAAUUGAUAAAUAUCUAUUUGCACUAAUUGGCAGCUCGUAGCGGCUGCAUAGUUCUCAGUUGAGGUGGAACCCUUCCUCUGCUGUUGCUUCUCUCGUUUGAUUGUUUGUAUAGAAUAACAUGAUGGACAGUGAUAAAAAAGAAAAAAAAUGAAAUUUCAGUGAAUGUCUUUUAUAAAAGAUUAGAAAUGUAUAUUUGUGUUUCAGUGUCCCCCCCCCUUCACCCACAACACAAUGUUUCCCUCCCACUUCAGAAAGUCAACUUAGAUUUGAUGCCCCACCCUUAUUAAAUAUAUUUUAUCUCAA